AGAUCCGUCCUUUCUUCCCACCCUCUCUUGGCCUGCGCGGGGAAACCCUCCGGUCUAAGGAAGAACUGCAAGGGCAGGAUGCGGCCACGUGUGUAGGCAGUGGCUGGUACAGUGCUGACCUUUGCGGGGCGUGCCAAGAAAUGGCAUAUGGCCCUAUUCUUUGGACCCUAGAAGGCCAACUGCGGAUCCGGACUGCAGGAAGUGUCCAAAUGAGCAGAGACAAAUAACAGGCUGAACCAACACCUAGCUCCACUAGCUCCGCCCCGUAAUUAUCUUGAAUGGCAGUGGGCGUGGUUCUAGAGAGGGCGGGUCCGCGCACGCGCUGCCUUUGGGUUUGGGGGUUCCGGAAUUGUGACUCUGAGAAAUGAGAUGGAGAAGUACGAGCGGAUCCGAGUGGUGGGCAGAGGUGCCUUCGGGAUUGUUCAUCUGUGCUUGCGCAAAGCUGACCAGAAGCUGGUGAUCAUCAAGCAGAUCCCCGUGGAGCAGAUGACCAAGGAGGAGCGGCAGGCAGCCCAGAACGAGUGCCAGGUGCUCAAGCUGCUCAACCAUCCCAACGUCAUUGAGUACUACGAGAACUUCCUGGAGGACAAGGCCCUCAUGAUCGCCAUGGAGUACGCACCAGGCGGCACCCUGGCCGAGUUCAUCCAGAAGCGCUGUAACUCCCUGCUGGAGGAGGAGACCAUCCUGCACUUCUUUGUGCAGAUCCUGCUGGCGCUGCAUCACGUCCACAGCCACCUCAUCCUGCACCGGGACCUUAAAACCCAAAACAUCCUUCUCGAUAAACACCGCAUGGUCGUCAAGAUCGGCGACUUUGGCAUCUCCAAGAUCCUUAGCAGCAAGAGCAAGGCCUACACGGUGGUGGGUACUCCCUGCUACAUUUCCCCUGAACUGUGUGAGGGCAAGCCCUACAACCAGAAGAGUGACAUCUGGGCCCUGGGCUGUGUCCUCUAUGAGCUGGCCAGCCUCAAGAGGGCCUUCGAGGCUGCGAACCUGCCAGCGCUGGUACUGAAGAUCAUGAGCGGUACCUUCGCGCCCAUCUCUGACCGGUACAGCCCGGAGCUGCGCCAGCUGGUUCUGAGUCUGCUCAGCCUGGAGCCCUCCCAGCGGCCGCCGCUCAGCCACAUCAUGGCGCAGCCCCUCUGCAUCCGGGCGCUCCUCAACCUGCACACGGACCUGGGCAGUGUCCGCAUGCGGAGGGCAGAAAAGCCCUUGGCCACUGGGCCACCCAUGACCCCGGGCAGUACAGGAAGCAGGACCACCAGCGCCCGGUGCAGAGGCGUCCCCCGGGGACCUGCACGGCCAGCCAUCCCGCCACCGCUGUCGUCGGUGUACACGUGGGGCGGCGGGCUCAGCGCGCCACUCCGGCUGCCCAUGCUCAACACGGAGGUGGUCCAAGUGGCAGCCGGGCGCACGCAGAAGGCCGGCGUCACUCGCUCCGGGCGCCUCAUCCUUUGGGAGGCCCCGCCCCUUGGCGCAGGAGGCGGCGCCCUCCUGCCGGGGGCGGUGGAGCAGCAACAGCCCCAGUUCGUCUCCCGUUUCCUGGAGGGUCAGUCGGGUGUGACUAUCAAGCAUGUGGCCUGCGGGGACCUCUUCACCGCCUGCCUGACUGACCGAGGCAUCAUCAUGACCUUUGGCAGUGGUAGCAACGGGUGCCUAGGCCAUGGCAGCCUCAAUGACAUCAGCCAGCCCACCAUCGUGGAGGCCCUGCUGGGCUAUGAAAUGGUGCAGGUGGCUUGUGGGGCCUCUCAUGUGCUGGCCUUGUCCACUGAGCGAGAACUAUUUGCUUGGGGCCGUGGAGAUGGUGGUCGGCUGGGACUAGGCACCAGGGAGUCCCACAGCUGCCCCCAGCAGGUACCCAUGCCCCCAGGACAGGAAGCCCAGAGGGUUAUAUGUGGCAUUGACUCCUCCAUGAUCCUCACGGUGCCUGGCCGAGCCCUGGCCUGUGGGAGCAACAGGUUCAACAAGCUGGGCCUGGACCACCUCUCCCUAGGGGAGGAGCCUGCCCCACACCAGCAAGUGGAGGAGGCCCUGAACUUCACUCCGUUAGGUUCUGCACCCCUGGACCGGGAGCCCCUGCUGAGUGUGGACUUGGGCACUGCUCAUUCAGCUGCUGUAACUGCCUCUGGUGACUGCUACACUUUCGGCAGCAAUCAGCAUGGGCAGUUGGGUACCAAUGCUCGCCGGGUCAGCCGGGCACCCUGUCAAGUCCAGGGCCUCCAGGGCAUCAAGAUAGCGAUGGUGGCCUGUGGGGAUGCCUUCACUGUCGCCAUUGGGGCAGAAGGUGAAGUGUACUCCUGGGGCAAAGGGGCCCGAGGUCGCCUGGGAAGGAGAGAUGAGGACGCUGCACUCCCUAGGCCAGUGCAGCUGGAUGAGACGCACCCCUACACGGUGACCUCUGUGUCCUGUUGCCAUGGCAACACUCUCCUGGCUAUCCGCCCGGUCACGGAUGAGCCAGUUCCCCCUUGACACACCUGGAUACACUGCUGGGCUACCCUGAUAUUGCUUCUCCUGUGAAUGGUCUUGAAAAGUGCAGGCGCCACACUGGGUUGUAUCAUCAAUGGGGUAUACGGGCCAGUAAAACCCCUGCUCUGCUUUUGGUUCGGGAUAUGGGCUUCCCUGGUGGCUCGGUUCGAUCCCUGGGUCCGGGAGGUCUCCUGGAGUAGGAAAUAGCAACCCACUCCAGUAUUCUUGCCAGGAAAAUCCCCUGGACAGAGGAGCCUGGCAAGCUCCUACAGUCCAUGGGGUCACACCAAGAAUUGGGAUGCGACUUAGCAACUGGACAACAAGAUAUGUAAAACUCAAUCCACCCAAUUCCCCCAACAUCCUAGUUUCCCCUCUCCACCCCUUAUCUUUAGUUAAUAUCCCCAGGGUUCAGCCUGGCUAAAGUUGGAGGCCAGAGUAACUUUUGGAAGCAAGGUGGUCUCCCCAGCCUCUUCAGAAAAAGGCUGGAGGUGGCUGUGUGGCUCCACCCAGAUCCUGCCCCUUCCCCCUAGUUAGAAAAUAAGUCCCUGGUGUCUACUGGGAGAGCAGCGCAGUGCUUUGGAGUAGGGCAAGCUGGGGCCUGCCUGGACUGGCCAUUCCAGCGACCUAGCCCCUGCAUAGCCCUGGGCAGGGAGGUCCCAGGAAUGCUGCCUCCCGCCCCCACUGCUAUACCCAGAGGCAGGAGGUUACAUAAUUUUUGAGUGCCUCCCUUCCCCUGCGGGAGUGCAUGGGCUGCAGUACACUCAGAAGGUGGCCUGUCACUCCAUGCCAUUCCCCCAAAGCAGGUUGGGAGAAGGGGUAGCUGGCUGGACCAGACUAGUUUCCCAGAUGACUGGGAGGUAGCGCCAAUAAAAAAAAAAAAAAAAAAAAAACAGCUGCCUGCCUAGAGUGUGGUCUCUUCAGGGGUGGGGGCGGCCACCCCAGGGCUGGGCUGGGCUGGGCUUGAUCUGGGUAGCAGAGCCGCGGUCCAGGGAGGAAUGUGGGCGCAGCCUGAGGCUGGGGCCGAGGUUCCUCGGGACCGAGGUUCCUCUGGCCCGGGGCCCAGCCCGGCCUCCCUGCCCAGCUGGACUCCCCGGAUCUGGUUGCUAUGCUUCAGCUGCCUAGCACCUGGAGGCUGGAGCCCCGGGCCCCUGGACGACACGUGGCCCCCGAAACCGAGCUGUUGUCUCCGGAGAAGAGAAUCUUUGUGGCGCGGCCCGGCCAGUUCCCCGAGGCCCUCCGCCCCAUCCAGCGUCCGAGCUCCUUCCGACCUCCCCAGCCCUGGAGAGAAGCGGGGCCUCGGUUUUUCUUCCCGAGGGGAAGGGGGAACCCCUGCUCGUCGGCGGUGGCGAGUCUGGCAGAGCACCGACCCCGAAGCCGCCGGCCGGCCGGGUGGGUGGGGAGAGCGGCAGAGAGGGCGCUAGGACCGCGCGGGCG